AUGAUCAUCAGCGCUUCUGAGGAGGAGGAUGAGGAGGAGGAUGCGGAGGGAGAGGAGGAUGAAGAGGAAGCGGAGGAGGAUGACGCGGAUGUUGGGGAGGAUGAAAAAGAUGAGAAUGAUGGCGGGGAGGACGAAGAGGAGGAGGAGGAGGAGGAGGAGGAGGAGGAGGAGGAGGAGGAGGAGGAGGAGGAGGAGGAGGAGGAGGAGGAUGAGGAGGAGGAGGAGGAGGAGGAGGAGGAGGAGGAGGAGGAGGAGGAGGAGGAGGAGGAGGAGGAGGCAGAGGAGGCAGAGGAGGAGGAGGAGGAGGAGGAGGAGGAGGAGGAGGAGGAGGAGGAGGAGGAGGAGGAGGAGGAGGAGGAGGAGGAGGAGGAGGAGGAGGAGGAGCAGGGUGACGACGAGGAGGAGGAUGUGGAUGAGGAGGAGGAGGAGGAGGAGGAGGAGGAGGAGGAGGAGGAGGAGGAGGAGGAGGAGGAGGAGGAGGAGGAGGAGGAGGAGGAUGUGGCGCCAUUGAAGGGACGGGGCGGGCGUGGCAGACGGGUGAGUGGUACAGGGAAGGAGGGGGGGCGGACUUGCCCUUCCCGAAAACGCGGGGCAGUUGACGUUGCGCGCGGCGAAGCACCGGGCAAACCGAAGGCGCGUAAGGUGAAGGUCGAAAGUGAAGGGGUUGGUAAAAAGCAAGGGAGCCAGGGAGCAAAAGGGGAUGGAGGAGGAAAGGGUGGCCGCCCCAAAGGGGUUCUAGUGGGCACCAGCAAGAAAGAACCUGCCGGUAAACGUCGCAGCGUCCGCCAAAGCACCCCGCGGAAAGGUGGCAACGAGAAGGCGUAG